ACACACGGCACGCUGACCCAGCUCAGCAGCUCAGUUAAGAAAGUAAAGAGAGAAGAGAGAAAUUCAAGAAAGUGAAGAGAGAAAUUCAAGAAAGAGAAGAGAGAAACUUUCCGUGGUUUUUGCUGUCCUUAUACCAGUGUGGCUGAGCUCAUGGACCAAAGUCAUGUGGAAAUGAGUUGCUGAAAAAAGCAGAUGUAUUGGAGAAAGUCCAAGAAGCUACCACACAACAGACUGAUUAAAUGAAUGCAGUCCGUGAAUGCAGGAAAGCGCAGCCGCAGCAACCCGGAGGGGACACCAUCCCGGGCCAGCAUUAAACGACCCAGAAGAGGGGAAAUCCAGUUCCUCCCUAACUAUCCCUGUGGUGAGAACAAGGACACACUGGAGACCGGAAGGAUGGAGACCAGAAGGAUGGAGAUCCUGGAGGAAUUCAAAAAGAUGCCAGCUGACAGAGACAUGGUUCUCAUCCAUCAACACAUGCAGCGCACCUUUCCACUCCCCCGUGAAGAGAUUGUGACGUUAGCUCCUCCCAUCGCAGAAUUGAAAGAUAGAUGGCCUGCCCUCUUCUCUGAAGCUCAACUCUAUAGCGAAUUCCAUAGGAUCACAAAUCAAAGCCUUCAAUAUUCCUUCUUCGCUGCGCUCGAUAAAAACACUACACAGCUGCUCAAACUCUACAAAGAGAGGAAGACUGGAGCUUUUGGUGAGAAGAUGGCAGAUCUGCUGAUGGCAUAUGAGGAGCAGGACAAGAAUGACAUCAGUGCAACGAGAACAGCAGCACUGGCAGGGCUGCCACUACCUAAAAGAAGACUCAUCAGUGAUCUUAAAGAGUUGCAAGGAGGAGGAAUUCGAAGCAUUCCAGGAGGGUGAAGUGGCGCUGUUGGCUGUGGUGGCUGAAGAGGACACGGCUGCAGGGAUUCCCUUUCAACCUCUUCAUGUCUCAGUCAUCCUGGAGGGUCAGGUGGUUAUGACUCUCAGAUCUUGGACUGAUGCACUGGUGGUGUUGUUCAGCUUGGUUUAUGCUCUCAAUUUGAGCUAUGCGGCGCAGCUGAGUGGCUUUUUUGACUUUAUUCAGGUUGUCCUAUUAAAUCUAGACGAUACAAGAAAGCAGCUCAAACCUAAGUUGCAGGCCUUAAAAAAUCAGCUGGUGUAAACAGGGGACGUCCUGCACCAAUACUUCCAGCAGUCAUGGUUUAAAAUUGCUUGUUGUUGGCUGCUGAGAUUAGUUAUGUCCCAUCCUGUUCCAGAGGAAAUGAAAGAGCGCACCUAGUUAAAUUAGGUAGCAUAGUUAGUUAAGUUAAGAUAGUUCUUAAGCAAGCCCAACAUUUUGUUAAUAGAGGGGAAUGGAUAGGAGACAGGAAUUUA